CGUACUGAUCUGCUACUUUGGUCUGCACUCCAUUGCAGAGAGGAACUCGCUCAACGCAGAGUGGCUAACCGUGCGCUCGUGGCCGUUUGCGAACCGGCGGCUCUUUCCGGACCUCGGGCUGAUGCAGCAGCCGAUAGGGGAGGUCCGGGAGUACUAUGGCGAGAGCAUCGCCAUGUACUUUGCCUGGAUGGAGCACUACACCAACUCGCUGACGGUGCUUGCGCUCAUCGCCGCUGUCGUCGAGCUGUCGCCGGUUGGUGCGCUCGGCACGCCGCUGUACGCAUGCGCCUCUGCGCUGUGGUGCACGUUGAUGGCGGAGUCGUGGAAGCGCCGCCAGGCCACGCUGGCGCACGAGUGGGGAAUGGUUGGCUACGAGAACGAGGAGCGGCCCCGGCCCGAGUUCAUCGCAGCCUUCCACAAGGGGCUGUGGGCAGCAGACCACGAGGCGGAUCCACCCGAGGUGGAUGAUGGCGAUGGGCUUUCGGAGAGCAACGCGAGCAUGCGGCUCGACGCGGAGAGCAAGCCAAUGGUGAAGAAGCGGCAGUCGUCCCUCACGAAGAUCGUGCGGGGCAACAAGGGCGGGAUGGAGCGGUGGAGAGGCUUUUUCGACGGGCGCGGCUUUGUGCCGCAUGUGGACGCUCCGGAGACGCUAGUGAUGCCCGAGGGGUCCAGGCUGCGCGUGUACCUCAUGAGCAUCCAGAUGAUGGUGCUGUGCACCGUGGGGAUUCUGCCGGUCCCAGUAGAGAUGCUCUCCUUCUGGGGGGGGGGCGGUUGUGUUCACCGCGCCUUCGAGCCCGGUUGGCAGUAG